AUUUAUUUUCAAUCUGCUUCCAAAAUAGCUUAGGCCUUUCAAUUCCCUCCUCUUCUCCUGGUUUCAUCAAAACCCCACCAAUUUACCAUUCUAGCCUCCUCCAAACAUCCAUCAAAAUCUCCACCAACGACAAGCUCAGAAGAGUUUUCCAAAUGUUCGAUCAGAACAGCGAUGGACGGAUCACCAAAAAGGAGUUGAGUGAUUCAUUGCUGAAGAUGGGAAUCUUCAUUACAAAUGAAGAACUAACCCAGAUGGUCGAGAAAAUCGACGUGAACGGGGACGGGUGUGUGGACAUAGAUGAGUUUGGGUCGAUGUACCAGUCGAUCAUGGACGAACAGGAUGAUGAUGUGGACAUGAGGAAGGCGUCGAGGUUUUUGAUCAGAACGGCGAUGGGUUCAUCACAGUUGACAAGCUGAAGUCUGUGUUGGCAUCACUUGGGCUUAAGCAGGGCCGCACGAUUGAUGAUUGCAAGAAGAUGAUCAUGAAGGUGGAUGUGGACGGUGACGGAAUGGUGGACUUCACUGAGUUUAAACAGAUGAUGAGAGGGGGUGAUUUUGCUGCGUUGACCUAAAAAUUUAUAUGCAUGCAUAUUUAAGUUAGUUACGCUACACCAUAGUUUUUUGUUACAAAUAUAUUUCUCUUCGUCAUAAGUCUUGUAAAUAUGGUACCUUUUAGUAGGGGCUGACAUUUUACACCAAAAAAACAAAAACCGAACCGAUAAAAACCGAACCGAGCAUUAAAAAAAUCAAACCGAAACUAAACCGACUUAAACGGGACCCGAAAGUUGGGACCCGAACAUAAAUCGGUUCGGUCACGGUUUUUUGAGUUAUAAAAUCGGUUCAAACCGAACCGAACCGGAUUUUAUUAAGUAAUAUUUAAUUAUUUUUCCUGCAGUAAUAAUAGGUAAUAUAUUGUAUUUAAGUCCUACUUUUAACAAUGAGAUCAAGCGGUCCAGUGGUUUAAUGUUCGGAACUUGGGGCGCAUGCUUCAGUUUUCAUCUGGGUUCUCUGAUGUGUUACAUUGAGAAAGAUGUAUUUGUUAAAAUUGAGAAUGAAGUCAGUAUGAGGCAAUUUAAGAGUAUGGCACAUUCAAGACAAAGAUUGCAGCCUCUCAAUUAUUCUCCUUCAUUUGACACAUCAAAUUCUAAUCAAAAUUAAGGUACUCUUUAAUU